CUGAAGUUAGGUUAAUAAGGUAAUAAUGUUGCUUGUGCUUAAUUAGGGUGGCUUUAAUCUUAAUGUUUUUCUUAUAUAUUUUAAGAAAUUGCAUAAUAUCAUCUCCUGUGGGCUUUUGUAACAAAAAGUCAAAUUUGGUUUUGGUUAGAAUUCAGUAGAGGUUAAAUCUGAUCAGAAAGUAGUAUAAAAUUAUUCCUUUUAAAAUUGAUUAUUAUCAUUAUUGCAGGAUUUUUCAAUUUAUCUUUGUGUGUGACCUUAACUUGAACAUUUUUUUUUUCAGGAAACUAAUAAUUUUAAUAUCACAGCUUUGCAAACAUUGUUUAAGAUUGACGUAAGAACCAAAGUUUGGUUUCUUGUGCUUGAUGAGGAUGUGUUUUUAAAGAAAUUAAACUUUAUAAAGGAAAUUCGAAAUGCAGGAAACUAAUAAUUUUAAUAUCAUAGCUUUGCAAACAUUGUUUAAGAUUGACGUAAGAACCAAAGUUUGGUUUCUUGUGCUUGAUGAGGAUGUGUUUUUAAAGAAAUUAAACUUUAUAAAGGAAAUUCGAAAUGCAGGAAACUAAUAAUUUUAAUAUCAUAGCUUUGCAAACAUUGUUUAAGAUUGACGUAAGAACCAAAGUUUGGUUUCUUGUGCUUGAUGAGGAUGUGUUUUUAAAGAAAUUAAACUUUAUAAAGGAAAUUCGAAAUGCAGACAAUAGGUGUCGUUUGGUCGUCCCGGAAUGUGUUUUGAAUCGUAUUCAAAAGGGAACAACAUCUGUUAACAAGAUACAUAUGAGGAGAGCAUUACAAGCAGCCAUAUUUAUUUCUAAUGUCUUAACGGAAAACUGUGCCAUUGUUGAUAAAGAAAAUCGUCAUGAUGAUCAUACACAAAAUAUCGUUGCAUGUUAUAGAAAAUACAGCCAAAAGGACUACAAAGUUGUUUUGUUAACAGAAAAUAAUAUCAAUCAAAAUAUAAACGUAACAAGUCCCAUAUUUCGGAUGGAAGAAGUUGAAUAUUUCAUGAUAUAUGGGGAAUUAAAGGAGACGUCACCUCGAAAAGUAUUUAACUCAACAAUUACGGUCACAAUGCCAAAUAAUCCAAGAAAGAGUUUCUCCAGUAAAACUAAAGUAGGGAUAAGAGAUCCACAAAUCAAAAGAUAUAUAGAACAAGAAGAGCAUAAUGUAUCUGAUUCAAAAUCAAUACAGAGAGAAGAGUCAGAAAUGAAAAUGGAGGUGGGUAGUUUAACUGAUGAGAAAAAAAUAAAUCCAGGGACAAUCUGCAACACACUAUCAAAUACCUCGUUUCAUGAUACAGAAUAUGGAGAUGUUGAUAAAAACGUUAUGUUUGAAGUUACAAGUGAACUGAUGAAAGGGAACCUAGUAUCCAAGUCAGAAGAGUGGAUUUCGCGAUUCACACAAAUACUGGAAGAAGCUCUUAAUCAGGUUCUACAAGAGGCAGCUUUUCAGACAAUACCUCCACCUUGGACGAUGUAUGAGGCUUGUGAGUGUAUUAAACGGGGAUUUAAAAAUGACGCUGAUAUUGUUGAUGCGGCAAAUAAGUUGGGGGAUAUUAUAUUUGAUAAUGGAGCUUUGAGAGGUAAAAUUAACCACAACAUAAAUCCAUCUACAUUUAUGAAAAUCUAUAGUUACGGCGUUUACCUCGUUGAUGCGUUACAGGGCGUUUUCAAAGAUGACGAAAAUGUACAGGCAGCUGAGAAAUUAUUAGCCAAGUUACUACUCGAUAUUGAGACGCCGGAUUUGAAUAACUCGUUUAAUGAAAUCGAUGCAAUAAAUGAGCAUAGCGAUGAAGUUUGUUUUUCAGCUUCGCCACAAAAAACAUCCCAAAAUCAUUCGCCACCAUCCAGAAUCACCCGUUCAAAGGCUAGAAAGAUUAUGACAUCAGUGGUAUACUUAACGCACGCACCAAACGUAUACUUUAUAUUUGCAAGACAGCCGACAAGCACGCCGCGCCUCAUCUCAGCCUGUGCCACAGGUGACGAUUCCAGUUCCAGACCACUAAAUAAGGCUCAAAUAUCCUGUUCAGUUCAAACAGUUGCACGUUUGCACAAAGGCGACAAUGUGAACAUCGCCCAGAGAGAAAAGAAUAGAACGUUGUUACUCAAAUCGGGUUACACAUACAUUGGUUUCGUGAAACUCAGUUCGUAAUUUAUCGUGCGCGUGGGCGUUUGAUACGCUUAUAUUCCCUUCUUUAAAUUGUUACACUGUUUUAACUAGUUCUAUUCUCAAGAAGCACGUACUGUCAAAUCGCACUAAUUAACGUAUUUUGAAUUGCUGACUUCGAACGUCAGGUGUAAACUUCGAGGUGAUUUUCUUAGGGAAAGAUUCAGAGUCGAUACUUACCGCGAUAUGUGACUUCCGUAUCUCACAAUUCAACACGUUUUUGAAGUUGUCUCUCGACUCAUCUUUCCCUAAUUAAUCUAAGGUUAUUCAAAACUUUGCUGCUUCAGAUAUCUCUAUCAUAACAGCGCUAACAAUUAAGCAAGAGAAAUCAGAACUCUAGUUAAAAUAGUGUAAUUAAAUUGAGUUUUUAUGAAAAAGGGAGUUAAUGUGUAUUCCAUUUUUAUGUGUUAUGUAUCGCAUUGAAAAAGGAUAUUUAGUUUUGUUAUUGGUGCCAUAAGUUUUCCAUUGUUAAUUUGUUUUCCGUUAUUUAGAAUAAUGCAGAAUUGUGAUUGUGUAUGUAAAUAGUAAUACAUCACACGUUGAAUGAAGUGAGCAAUCGCUUCAAUUCAUCACUUGUUUACAAAACAAGGACUUUUCAAAAUGGUAACACGGAAUUUGUAGCUUUGAAUUUAGAAUUCGUUUGAAAUUAGAAUUUCGGGUAAGCACAGACUAUGAAUCAAAAGAAUAAAUCUCAAUAUGAUCUCGAAAUUAUUUAAGUUUGUGGGUUUGAU